AUGAUGAACUACAUCCUCCUCGUUUCUCGACAAGGCAAAGUCAGAUUGGCGAAAUGGUUCCAGACACUGCCGAACAAGCAGAAGGCCAAGAUUGUCAAGGACGUGACGCAGUUGGUGCUCGCUAGACGGACGAGGAUGUGUAAUUUCCUGGAAUAUAAAGACACCAAAGUCAUCUACCGCCGCUAUGCCUCUUUAUUCUUCAUCUGCUCCGUCUCGCCAAGCGAUAACGAGCUCGUCGUGCUCGAGACUGUACAUCGCUACGUCGAAUGUCUGGAUCGAUACUUUGGAAAUGUAUGCGAGCUCGACCUCAUCUUCAACUUUCAAAAAGCCUAUGCCAUCCUGGAUGAGCUGAUUAUUGCCGGGGAAAUGCAGGAGUCGUCAAAGAAGGCUGUACUGAAGAUUGUCGCUCAAUCCGACGCGAUAGAGGAGGCGGAAGUAUCGGAGGAUUCGCUGGGACGGCUCGGGAGUGGGUUGCAGCAGUUGACGAGUGGGCGGGCUUGA